AUGGAUACCAUUCAAAGUAUACCUGCGAAUCCAGCUACACUAGAAAGCUUCAAUGACUGCAGAGAGCCUGAAUAUGAUGCAUUCAUGGGCAAUGAGACGUCCUCGCAUAACGACCGCAUGACGGAUUCUGAUAGUGGGUCGAACAACCUAGCUGAGGCCCAUUCCGACACAAUGGUAGAUACGCUGCAAGGAUGUUCCAGUUCGAUCCAUGUGAAGAAGAGAGGGAGUGCGCGUGAACCAUUCUCUAUAAGAUUUGUCCCCGUCAUUGAUCACAGUAUUUCUACUUCACUAAGAUUUUUCAAACCUAUCGAGCGCCGGCUGGCGAAAGACAGCGUCUUUCGUGUCGGCCGUGUCGAAAGUUAUCACGAAGGUUUACCCAAAAUCGAGCCAGUUGUAUUCCGUUCAAAAGUUGUGAGCCGGCUGCAUGCUGAGAUUGCUCUAAAAGACGGAAAGUGGUAUGUCCGCGAUAUCCAAUCUUCUUCGGGAACAUUUCUGAACAACACUCGGCUAUCUCCAGCAAACAAAAUGUCUCAGGAUUGUCCCUUAGAUAAUGGUGAUGUGCUUCAGUUUGGUAUCAAUUUUCGUGGAGGCCACGAAGAGGCGUUCCAGUGUAUUAAGGUUCGCAUUGAGCUCGACUACUCUUGGCAGCAUACAAUUUCGGACUUUAAUGUUCAGUCAUUGAAUAAAGUUCGCCAGGAGAUGGCUCGCUUAGGCCAUACUAACCUGCUGGAGUGCACAAUUUGUCUCACCUCUGUACGACCAGGUCAGCCGCUAUUUAUUUCUGCAUGUACACAUGGCUGGCAUUACAAGUGUAUACGGCCGCUUCUGGUUCGAACAUAUCCACAAUUUCAGUGCCCUAACUGCCGUCUAGUUUACGACUUGGAGGAGGAAGAUGACGACACUGACAACGACUUGGACGAGAAUGAAAACAUUUCACCGCCAACUGAGCAGUAG